AUGGCAGAUAAACUCAUGAACUCGUCUACCAACCUGACAGUACCGCUCAGCUGCAGCUAUGAUGAAUCGUACAAGUAUGUUAUUUUACCUUUGUGCUACUCUGUCACAUUCUUGCUCAGCAUUGUCCUGAACUCUACUGUUCUUCUGCGUUCAUACCGUGGUGCCCACAGAUGGAAUGCCUCGCUGAUUUACAUGGUCAACCUGGCUUCUACAGACUUGAUGUACAGUCUAUCUUUGCCAUUUCUGGUGGCUAGCUAUGUCAUGCAUGACCAUUGGGUAUUUGGGGACUUCAUGUGCAGACUGGUGCGCUUUCUCUUCUAUUUUAACCUCUACUGCAGCAUCUUAUUCCUUACUUGCAUCUCUGUGCAUCGCUACAUGGGCAUCUGCCACCCUAUCAAGACCAUCACCAUGGAAAGCAAGCGUGCCGUGAAGAGCACAUGUUGCGUAGUAUGGGUCGUGGUGUUUCUGCUCACAUGCCCAAUUUUUCGUUUUGCUCAAACUGGCAACGUUUUUCGAGAAAACACUGCAGGCUCAGAGACGUACACAAACUGUUUUGACGUUGCAACAGAUCAUGAGUUCUCAGAGUACAUCCCAUAUGGAAUCCUUCUUCACAUUAUGGGCUUCUUCGUUCCCUUCAUCGUCAUCGCAUGGUGUUACUCGCAGGUGGUGCGAACCAUUAUUCAGACCCUGCACACCCAGCCAAAUAUGCAGGAGGGUGGCAAUAGUGAAACAGGCACUGCCAAUCACCCAUCGAUAUCCAUCUCUGGCUCGCAGCAUGCUCCAUAUAUCAGCAUGCGCCGCAAGUCUAUCAAAACCAUCAUCACCAUAACCUUCUUGUUUGCGCUUUGCUUCCUGCCAUUCCAUAUCACCCGGACGCUCUACCUCAUAUUUAAACAGAGAAAUGCAGGGUGCCACAUCAUGCAGGCUAUCUCCAUCUGCUACAAAGUGACUCGACCCCUGGCAUCGUUUAAUUCCUGGCUCAACGCUCUACUUUACUACCUAACAGGGGACAACGGGAUAUCUUGCUGUGAAUUUUCAGACAGCAAUCAUUACACACACCAUGUUUGGCCAUCAAGGCCUCUUGGAGGACUGAAAACUAAAGAGGUGGGGGAACAGGGUGAAAAGGAUCCAAACUAUAAUCUGGAGAAUGCCUCCAAACCCAAAGGGAUUACACACAGGACUGUGAAUAUAGCCAAACCUUUUGCAUGGUGGCUUUCAUAUGAACUGUCUGAAUAA